CAUUCCAAACUUCUGCAUUGUCACUCGCUUUCAUUGCAUCUUUCCAUCCCUUCAAGUUUCUCUUCCUGCACAUCUGUACUCUCACACCGAAGCCGGUCUUCAUUCUUGCACCUAAUACAAAAGCAUUCCAUCUUCAAUCCACACCAACCACAUCAACACAACAAUGCCUUCCACUAGGGACCUCCUCGUCUUGGUCCUUGGCUAUGCGGCGGUCAUUCAAGCUGGACCCAUUGGUGCACGCGACAACGCUCCGGCGUACGGAGACAACCCAGCUCCCCCAGCUCCCGCAUAUGGAGGCAACACUCCUUCGUCCGCUCCACACGAGGCUCCAUCUCCGCCAGCAUACAACGCUCCAUCAUCAACUGCAGUGUCCGCGGCCGAGAGCUCGCCGGCCGCUUCGAUCCCUGCAUAUGGUGGAGGCAGUUCUUCUGUACCGGCCACAUCCUCGGCCAGCAUUCCAGCUCCGUCCGCACCAAGCUAUCAGGCCCCGAGCUCUUCCUCAGAGGCGUCUCCAGUGGAGACGUCGUCUGUGGCCUCUGUGCCAAGCUACCACGACUUGAGCUCUUCUUCGUCCUCGAUUUCCAAGUACGAGACUAUCUCAAUUCCAUCCUCGCCAUCUUCGACUUCGUGCACGAACGGCAAGGGAGCCACUACGCCGCCUGCUGAUGUGCCUCAUUACGGGUCCAUGGCCAGCUCCGCAUCGUCUCCUUCUGCUCCGGUCAAUACUGCGCCCGCCUAUGGCGGAUCUGCUUCCUCUGUUGCACCCGUGGCAACUAGCAGCGCUUCUGUUCCUGCUGGAAGUGCUUCGGUCCCAGCACAUCCCGCCACAACUCACUCUUUCACCUUCGCCCCAACAUCUUCCCACGUGCCACCAAGCUACGAGUCGAAGGAUGGCUCGACGGCGCCUGCCUAUGCGCCAUCUGCGUCUAGCAGCGCUACCGUCCCAAGCUAUGGUUCGCAGUCUUCAAGCGUCCGAGGACCUGUCGGCGGAUCGUCCAGCUUCCCGACCUAUCACGUCACUGCCAAUGUUUCCACGACCUACAGCCAUGCGCCUUCAUCGGCAGUGACUAGUGCUACCGUGACGGCACCAGUUUAUCCCGGAUAUUCUGCCCCUGCAUACUCCGCUCCAAUCCAUUCCGCACCAGCGUCGUCCAAAGCUAGCAACAGUGCCCCAGCACCCUCUGCUCCAGCCUAUGUGCCAUCAGGCCCUGAUGCCGCACCAUCGGCGCCCUCGCAUUCUCAGGACAAGCAAGUCACUCAAGCAUCCGGUCCAUCUGCAUCAGCGUAUCAGCCACCGCCACCGCCAAAAGAGUCGCCAUCGGCACCUCACCCAUACGGUCAGACCACUGCGAAGGUACCUGGAUCUUACGAGACUUCCGCUCCAGCUCCCGCUCCAUCCGCAACUGCAUACAAUCCCCUUCCCAGCGUGAUCGUUCCGCCAUCCCACGGGGGCUCCUCUGAAGCAUCUCCAACGCAAGCCAGCAGCUCCGAAGCGCCAGGAAUCACAAUCGUUCCAGUCCAUACGAAUUCGUGCGUCCCAGUGACCAUGACCGUGACGGAGAGCAAGGUCGAGACUGUCACUGUUACCGCCUCGCCCUCUGCUAGCUCGCAUUCUGCUCCCGCGUACGGUGCUAGCACAUCUGCUGCCACUUCGAAGGAUGCUAUGUCGACUUCCGCUGCUUCCUCGUCUGCUGCCCCGUCGACCACCCAUGCUGCGUCCACUUCUGCCGCGUCCACUCCUGCCGCAUACACGUCUGCGGUUUCGAGCUCCGCGGCUUCUUCCACACCGGCUGCGUACACAUCAGCUGCUUCCUCCACCGCCGAUGCUGUGACGAGCUCUGCUGCCGCUUCAACGCCUGUGGCCUACAGCUCUGCUGCCAUUACGACAGAAGCUGCUCCUACGCCGCCUGCCUACCCGCCUGCUUCUACGAGCUCCUCUGCUGCCAGCACGACAGAAGCUGCUCCUACGCCGCCGGCCUAUGCGCCUGCUUCUACGAGCUCCUCUGCUGCCAGCACGACAGAAGCUGCUCCUACGCCGCCUGCCUACGCGCCUGCUUAUACGAGCUCCGCUGCUGCGAGCUCCGCCGCACCGUCCGCGGCGCCUUACUAUUGA